CAGAGGCUGGAAGGGACAGCUGGAAAGCGCAGUGGGAGCGUUCGAAGUGCCGCUACACUCUGACCAAUUGUCAGGGAGCGACUUCGGAUUGCCUUGAAAACUAUUUAAGGAUCUUUGUAGCAAAAGCUCGCUUGGAGAAAAGAAGACAAUAAACAGGAACAUAGUGCAUUGACAAUGGAGAAGCAUAAAGUGUUGGAGCGGUUGCUGCAGGAGCUGCAGAGGUUCUUGAAGCUGCUGGAUGCGGAGAAGUUGAGCGGAAACGCCACAGUUCAGAAGAGCCUCCUCACAGACCUGCUGCAGUCCUACACAUCCAAUGGUUCAUGUGGGGAUGAGGAGUACAUUUACAUGAAUAAAGUCAUCGUCGGCCCAGCAGACCGAGACCACAGAGCUGAGACAGAGGCCAAUGGGAAGUAUGCUCCCGGCCCUCAGAAGAGUCUUCCAGAGCUGCCUCCACCUCGAUCGUGUGUGGUGGGAAGAGAGCCUUUUCCCUUGCCUGCGGUGCCCAGUGAGUCCCCCGAGGGCUACUACGAGGAGGCCCAGCCUUACGACACCACCAUCAACGACGAGGAGGCCGUCAGCAGCUCCUACGAGUCGUACGACGAGGACGAGGCCUCCAAGAGCAAGUCGGGGGCGGCGCAGCACCAGUGGCCGUCCACCGAGGCCUCCAUCGAGCUGAUGAGGGACGCCCGCAUCUGCGCCUUCCUCUGGAGGAAGAAGUGGCUGGGCCAGUGGGCCAAGCAGCUGUGCGUCAUCCGCGACACGCGACUACUGUGCUACAAGAGCUCCAAGGACCAGACGCCGCUGCUGGACGUGAGCCUGGUGGGCUGCUCCGUCAUCUACAAGGAGAAGCAGCCCAAGCGCAAGGAGCACAAGCUGAAGAUCAUCCCGCAGGGUGGCGAGGCCAUCGUGCUGGGCCUGCAGAGCAAGGAGCAGACCGAGCAGUGGCUAAAGGUGAUUCAGGAGAUUAGCCCCAAAUCCACAGAAGGUUCCGAUGUGUCCGACUCACCGCGCCUCAUCUGCACCAAGGGCGAGCUCGGCGAGCGAUACUCGGUGGCGUCAGAGAGCGGCAGCAGCACAGACAGUCCCGCCGAAGCCCUGGAGGCUCGUGACGUGAAGAAAAAGUAUGGAGCGGGCCUGAAGUUCAGUAAUCUGAUGAACAUCGGGAAGAAGAAGAUCUCCUCGUAUGACAGUCCAGAGAAAUGUGUGGACACCUCAGGUUACCUUAACGUGCUGGUGAACAACCAGUGGCGCUCGCGCUGGUGCCUGAUCAAGAACGGCCAGCUGUGGGUGUACCAGGACAAGAGCAAGGGCAAGCCGGCCCAGCAGCCCGUGCCCCUGGGGGGCUGCCUGGUGCUGCCCGACCCCAGCCCAGAGCACCUCUACUCCUUCCGCAUCCAGAUGGACGGGGAGCAGAUCGCCACCCUGGAGGCCAAGUCGUCGGCCGAAAUGGGCCACUGGCUGGGCCUGCUGCUCUCGCAGACCGGGACCAAGACCGACCCGGAAGAGCUGGCCUACGAUUACGUGAACUCGGAGAGGAUAUCCAGCAUCGUCAACGCGGCAAAGACCUCCAUGUACCUGAUGCAGAGGAGAUACUCAGAGCCCAACACUUACACAGACAGCCCCCCCUCCGACCUCCCAGGAUCGGAUGACAUCUACGAUGACGUGCCGUCCACCGAGAACGAGAUGGAGGAGGGCCUGGAGAACGGCGGCGAGGUGCUGACGGUGGAGCAGGACUCGAAGGACCGGCUGUACCUGGACCUGGUGCCCGUGCGCUCCUUCCUGCACACCUCCACGCCGGGCCACACGUCUCCGCAGCCCCAGGGGCAGGCCCCGCCCCAGCCGCCGCCACGCGACGCCAGCCCGACCGAGGCGCCCGCCGAGGAGCCGCAGGAGAGCGCCUACCAGGACGUCCUGCCCAACGAGCAGCAGUACGAGACCAGCCUGCCCUGCAACACCACCCCGCCGCCCAAAGCUGACCCCGAGCCCCCGUCCUACACCAGCCCUCGUCUCCACACCCAGACCACGACCCAGACCCCGACCCAGACACCGACCCAGAACCAGACCCAGAACCAGACCCAGAACCAGAGCCAGACCCAGAACCAGAGCCAGACCAAGGCCCAGCACCAGCCCAGCAGCUUCCUGAGCCAAGAGACCUCCAAGAAGGCGCUCACCACCUCCAUCUCCAGCUCCAGCGCCCAGCUCCAGCCCCCCGCGCCCUCCCAGACCCCCCAGAGCCCCGCCGCCGCCCGGGGGAGAGCUGCCAGCGCGGACAAGGCCCGAGUUCCCAUGGCAGCGUGCUCGGGGUCGAUCGAGGUGAAGCUGGGCAAGAACCGGACGGAGGCCGACGUGCGGCGCUACAGCGACGAGCGCGACGGCCUGGAGAAGGAGCGCGAGGAGGUGAAGAGCAGCCUGGCCACCUUCCGCAAGGAGCGGCGCGAGGCCAAGGAGGAGCUGAGCACCUGCCAAGACCCGGCGAAGCAGGCCAUCCUGGAGGCGUGUCUGAAGCUGAAGGAGGAGGCGUGUCGGGAGGCGGAGCGUCGGCGCGUGGAGGUGGAGCUGCGUCUGAUGGAGGUCAAGGAGAGCCUGAGGAAGGUGGAGGCCGGCCCCUUCACCCUGGGCACCACCGUGGAUAGCAGCCUGCUGGACACCACUGCGUCCAAGGCAGCGCCCACGUUUACUCCAGCACCGGUCCCAGUCCCAGCUGCCCUGACCAGUAAUGGAGACACGUCGCCGGUCAACUCGGCCACGGCUUUGAAGAACAGGCCCCUGUCCAUCAUGGCCAGCAAAGGAAACGUGCUCGCGAAGGCAAAGGAAUGGGAGAAGAAGACGACGUCCUAGGGACGCGGGGCGCUCCACUUGACACAACCUAUGCUGAUUUCUGAAGGCCCUUUGGCUCGGACCAGGCUGCUUCCGCCUAGCAGGACCAGAGGCGGGAAUAACGGCCCUAUCCCGUCCUCUUGUGUCUGCCAGCCACACCCCUUAAAAACCUGCUUUUCCAAUCAAAGACACUGACAGUACUGAGUGACAGCAGGUAUCUUCUUUGACACAGCCCACCACUCUGUCUCCCAGGACAACUAAUGCCACUGGACAAUGUUUGAAUUUGGGAGCGACAGAGGACGACAACAAAACAAGAAACUAUUUAAUAUUUGUUUGUUUGUUUGUUUUUAUAUAUGAAAAAAGGGAGGGAUUUUAAUAACAUUGCAUUUUUUUUCCAGACUUUUUUCAAUGACAUGUUUCGCAAUACAGCAGUAUGCACAUAAACGUUCGGCAUGAUGUGUGUUUUUGGUUUUCUGUAUGUGUAAAUGAAAACGUGACCAAACGAGGACCGAGACGCGACGAGUGUCCCCGCAUUUCCGCAUGCCGCCCCUUCAACCCCUCCCGUGCAGUGGACAGUUGGUACAGUCCAGAUUGUAACUUGGUCUAUGUAAGCUGGGAGCCAAGAUGUAAAUACAUACUACGCCAUUCAGUUCUGUUUCUUUUUGACUUGUUACUGUAUGCUAGCUAAAACAUGCACUUUUUAUUCAAAUAAAAAAAACUUGGUAAUUACAGCAA